AUGAGAGAGUUAUACAUCAAAUCAGGUAAAGGUUUUCUUUUGGUGUAUUCAGUUACUGAUGAGAACUCUUUGAAAGAGAUGUUAGCAUUGCGGGAACAAGUUUUGCGUAUCAAAGACACUGACAAUGUUCCUAUGGUUUUGAUUGGUAACAAAUGUGACUUGGACGAUGAACGUGUUUUGUCUAUUGACGAUGGUAUCAAGGUCUCUCAACUGUGGGGCUUGGUCCCUUUCUACGAGACUUCUGCCAUGUACAAGACGAACGUUGAUGAAGCUUUUAUUGACGUCGUCAGGCAGAUAAUGCGCAAGGAAGCUCAAAUGAGCGCCGAAAAGAAACAACAGAAGGAACUACUAAAGCAGCAGGCUGCAGAGGCUGACGCCGCUCGAGAGGACAAUGAAUAUGCAAAAGGCACCGAGGAUGGCCCUUCUUCUAAGAGAAACAGACAGUCACAAACUAAAACAUCGCUGUCUGGUUCUGGAAGUAAAUGUUGCGUUAUCGUCUAA